GAUCACCAUCAGUCACAGACACCAGAGCACAGCCCACACCUCUGGAAGCCUCCCUGGGCGCUCUCAUCAUGACAUUCCACACGCACGCUGGUAGUGGAGAUGCCAAGACCCUCAUUAAGAAAGAGCUAACCAACCUCAUCAAGGCUAAGCUGCCAAACAUCGCUGGGGUGAGUCAUUGCAACACCUCGGGCCAGUUUCCCGGACACCGAUUAAGCCUAUUGUCCUGGACUAAAAAGCACUUUCAAUAAUGAACAUCCAUUGAGCAUGUUUUUUUAAAGUCCAGGACUAGCCUUAAUAUGUGCCUGGGAAACCGCCCCCUUAUGAGAUAGCAAAUGCUAUUCUAAUGCUAUUUUUUAUUGCUAAAGAUGCAGUCCGGGAUCUUAAGCACUUACAAAUUCGUAACAUAUUGUACAAAUUGGAAUUCGUAACAUAUCAUAUGAAUUUUGCAGGGUGUAAAAUAUCAUAUAAAAUGGAUGACGUUGUACACAAUUUAGCUACAUUUUCGGGGACCUGUUUUGGCUCUUGAGCACUACUUUCAAAACUACUGGCUGAAAUUAUACAAAAGCUCUGGAGCAUCACUUUAAAUGUGUCAUGAUUUUAAGAAAAAAAUACACUUGAAAUAAAGUUUUAUUGAACUUUGACUGAUUCUAUAUUGCAGUCCUAGCCAUUCAGUGUGAAAGACAAUGAAAUACAGAAAUCCUAAUGUAUUGUGUCUUCCUUGUGAUCCUAUAUUACAUUGACAUAAGCAGAAGGGUGGUCCUGAAGUGGGGGACCUGAUGACAAUGCUGGACCAGGACACUGACGGCUCCGUGGACUUCAAGGAGUACAUCACCCUGAUUGGAUCCCUUGCAUGUGCAACUGUGCUC